AUGGUCGCUGGCGGGCAGUCUCUCCACAGAGCCUCGCCCAGCCCAUCGCCGUCGCUGGCCGCUUCUUCCCCGUCGCCGGCCGCGACGCCCGCAACCCUAGCCGCGACGGCAACGACGAAAGCGAGGACAGCGAGCGAGCACGGCACGGCAGGCGGAGGAGGAGGAAGUGGCGGCACACGGACCGCAGCCGCCCACGGCGGCGGGCCCACGGCGGCUGUCCCACGAUCAUCCCGCUUCUAUACCUCUACACCAUCGACGACAAAGAGCAGCGGCAGAGGAGGCGCCAGCACUGCCGCGCAAGCAUCGCCUGCGCCCUCCGUCCACCCAUCCAUGUUGCAGCCGCGCGUGGCCGUCGUCCUCAACGUACCACCGCGUUGGCACCCCUGGCUCUUCGCCCUCCGGCUGCUGUCCUGCCUGCCCGCCGCGUGGUGGGGGCUCCCGUCGGCGCUGCACCUGCUGCUGCGCGUCGUGCCCGGGCCCGAGCACGAGGCCCUGGCCUCGCUGUACCGCGGCGAUGCCUGGUCCGAGCCGUACGCCCUGACCGAGACGGCUCUGGCCACGAUAUGGUGCUUUUCCUGUGGCUACCUUUCAUUCUUCUUCACAGACUGCUUAAUGUCCAGAUGGCUCAUCAACUAUACUCCGCAGGCCACCAUUGUACGCCUCCUCACCAUCGACGUCAUCAACGCCUACCUCACCCUCACUACCCUCUCCCUCGCCGGCGGGUUCCAAGACCCGCGUCUUUUGCUUCCCGGCUGGAUCGGGAUCGCAACAACUCUCACCGUGUGCUACCACAUCAGCCACCAGCGCAUCAACAUCCGCAAGGAGACGUCCACCUCGGUCAACGUCUUCUCCAUCGCCAGCUACCUCAGCAUGGUCGCCCUGCUCGCGCACAUGCUCGCCUUCCAGCCUGACUACCCCGCCAUGCCCGUCGUUGUCCACGCCCGCCGGCUCUGGCACGACGCGCUGCACUACGUGGCCCAGAUCAAGGGCACCAUUGAACGCGAGAGGGCGGAACUAUAA